CCCCCCCCCCUCUGUUUCCUCCCCGUUGUUUACGUUUAUCCAACAACAUGGAGGACGAUGUGGAAGUUGACAUCGAGGGAGACGAGUUUGACUCCAGCGUCGGGGAGCUGGACGGAGGAGCUUUAGUCCCGGAGCCCUUCAUGCAGUCCGCGUGGAAGAGCAGCGCGGGCACACUGCCAUGGCAACUGGACAGCUCCAUCAGCUCUGAGAACAGGGAGGUGAUCGAGAGGAUGCUGCUGGAGGAACAAUACUACCUGACCGGUGAGGGGCUGCCCAACCAUUGGGACGGCGAUGCAGACAACAAGCCCAAAGUGAAGAAGUCUCCGGCCAAGACGUCGGGCUCCGGCUCCUCUGCUCGCUGGUCCAGACAGGAGAAAGACCUGUUUGAGGAAGGACUGGCUCAGUUCGGUCGACGGUGGACUAAGAUUGCCAAGUUGGUCGGCAGCCGUUCCACUUUUCAGGUCAAGAGUUAUGCCCGACAGUAUUUCAAACACAAGACCACAUCAGAACCCAGAGCUGCAGCUCCCCCUGCAGGCCCCGCGCUGCACUCGCAACCUCCUCAGCCCACCUCCAGCCGAGCGUCCGCUCUGACCAACGCCGUCCGCAUAGAGAACUCCGAUGAAGAGGACGAGGAGGUGGACAUCACCGAUGACCUGAGCGGCGCCGACGAGGACGCCGGCGGCGACAAACCGCGCGGCGAGCUCCGAACCGACCUCGGUGAGCCGGAGCGGCCGGCGGGCGCUGAGAUCCGGGCGGACCCGGAGGAGGAGCAGGGGGAGCCGGGUCCGACCGAGACGGAGGACCGACGCGGCCGCCCCACCGCCCCGCUGAGUCCUCGACCCUCGUCUUCCCUCCCUUCCCCGGAGAAGACUGGCGAGACCGGCCCGGACAACGAGGGAGAGCCCCUCCCUCCAAAGAACCCUCAGGCGGCAGCUCAGAAAGACUCGGAGCAAAUGACUGAGGAAGACCAGAGAGAGUCUGAGAGCCCGGCGCAGACCGGUCGACCGGAAGACGCCUGUAGCGAUGACACAGGUUCUGCUGAUAAGACCGAGCAGAGUCCAGCUGAUGGGCCAGAAGACGAGGAAGAGGAGGAGGAGGAGGAAGAAGAGGAGGAGGAGCUGCUCAGGGCGCCUGAGCAGGAAAUGGAGAUGGACAUGGAGUCCAUCACCGAGGAAGAGAAACAAGCCAUCCCAGAGUUCUUUGAGGGACGUCCGUCCAAGACCCCCGAAAGAUACCUGAAGAUCCGAAACUACAUCCUGGAUCAGUGGCUGAAGAGCAAGCCCCGGUUCCUGAACAAGACGUCGGUCCGGCCCGGGCUGAAGAACUGCGGGGACGUCAACUGCAUCGGGAGGGUCCACACCUACCUGGAGCUCGUCGGCGCCAUCAACUUCAACUGCGAGCAAGCGGUCUACAAUCGGCCGAAGGUGGUGGACCGCUCCAAGCACAAGGAGGGCAGAGACGUCAUCGAGGCCUACCAGCUGGCCCAGAGGCUGCAGAGCAUGCGGACCAGGAAGCGGCGCGUGCGCGACACGUGGGGGAACUGGUGCGACUCUAAAGAUCUGGAGGGGCAGACGUACGAGCACCUCAGCGCGGAGGAGCUGGCCCUGCGGAGAGAGGAGAUGAAGAGGCGGCCGAGGCCCUGCAAGACCUCCAGGUUCAGAGGGUCUUUCGAUCCCUUCCAGUUGAUUCCCUGCAGGACUUUUGGAGAAGAUGUGCAGGAACCAUUCCAGGUUAUCGUGUGCGCAGAGACUCUUCUCAUAAUGGACAUGCAUGCACACGUGUCGCGGGGCGAAGUCAUCGGCCUGCUCGGGGGAACCUUCCACGAGGAGGAGGGCGUGUUAAAGAUCUGUGCGGCCGAGCCGUGCAACAGCGUGAGCACGGGCCUGCAGUGCGAGAUGGACCCGGUGUCUCAGACGCAGGCCUGCGACGUGCUGGCGUCCCUGGGCUUCAGCGUGGUGGGCUGGUACCACUCGCACCCCUCCUUCCACCCCAACCCCUCGGUGCGCGACAUCAACACGCAGGACCAGUUCCAGAGCUACUUCUCCCGCGGCGGAGCCCCCUUCAUCGGGAUGAUCGUGAGCCCCUACGACCCGGCCAACCCCUCCCCCCACUCCCAAACUACCUGCCUGCUGGUGAAAGAGAGCCAGGAGCCCUCAGGCCCACAGAAUCUGCCCUACAGAUUUGACUUCCUGUCAUCACAAGACAUUCCAGACUGGGAACAGACGCUGAGGAGAGCUCAGUGGAUCAUCCACAAAUACUGUCAAUCACCUGGGAGUGUGCAGAUGGACAGAUUCUUCCGGAAAGACUCCCACCUCACCUUUCUGGAGAAGAUGCUGUCGUCUCUGGCCCGGUACCUGGAGCCCCUGCCGGAUGAGGAGGGAGACCCCUUCCUCACCCAGAUCCAGGCCCUCUUCCGGUCCGACUUCAUCGCCCGGCAGCAACCGUCCGACCAGGAAGAGGAAGAGUCUUCGCGCGCCUCACCCGGACCGGCGGACUUGGAUGACUUUGAUCAGCUGAUCGGUGAGGAGAAGCCUCCGGAGGGAGGAAGAGGAGGAGGAGGAGGAGGAGGCUCUGAUCCGGACUCUGACAGCUCGGAGACCAACAGCGGUCCAGUUUUACAUCUGGGCUCCGUGUUGUCGAUCGAACACGACUAUUUACUGUGAUGGACAAUGUAGCGAUAAGCUUUUGUAUCAGUAUUACCAGCUUGCUCAUCUAGUUAUUUUUAACAUUGUAUUGGUAAGUUUAAAAAAAAAAAAAAAGUUGAAUAAGUGCUUUAACCAAAAA